AUGCAUCCAUAUAAACACCAACUUGUAAGUAUCAUUCAUACAAGUAGCAACCACACCAUUAGCCAGUAGCACAUUACUCAUUAGAGAGAUGAAGUCCAAAAAGCUUGGAUUCCUCUUCCUUCUUCUAUGUGUACAAUUCAUAUCUAGCUUGGCUUUUGAAUCCCAAGAGGAGAAAGUUCCAAUCGAUAUGGAUGGAAAUAGUUAUGGCAGAGUAGAUGGUGUGAACCACGAUGAAAUAGUUUUGUCGAAGGGAAGUAGUGGGAAGGGUACCUAUGGUGGUCAGAAUAAUCGGCCUCCAAAUACUAAGAAAAGCCAAGCAGCCUCGAUGCUCUUAAACGAACCUGGAUACAUGCUAAAAGUCGUUAUUAGUGUGAUUGUUAUCACCAAUAUAAUCCUUAUUUAUUAACUUCUAGAUUAUGGGCUUGUACAAGAUACCAAAUCUAUUCGACUUUCGUUUAGGGUAUGUUUCUUCGGUAGUUUUCAACAGAAUGUUUGGUAUAUUGUGCUUGUAGUUUGUAUUUAUAUUUGGUUUUGGUUGAUUGAUUGUCAUAUUUAUAUUGUUAUUGUUUACAUAA